AUGGUGAAAAAUUUCAAAAGUCAUUACUUGAAAUCUGAGUCGCAGGAUCAUUAUUUGAUGCUUCUAGCAAUGAGAUCUACGCCAUUAGAGAAUGGCUAUAGUCCGGCAGAACUGCUAAUGAGCCAAAGAUUGAGAACACCCUUGCCAUCAAAUAAUCACCAAUUGAUACCUCGUUUGAUUGAUUUCGCUUCCGUAAGAAAGAAGGAAAAAGGGAAGACAGAUAAACAGAAAACUUAUUUUGAUCGACGCCACGGUGUAAAAACUCUUCCACGGUUGAAGAUAGGACAGCCAGUCUGGGUGUCAGAUAUGCGAACAUAUGGAAAGGUGAAGGAGGCUCACCAUACUCCACGAUCUUACAUUAUCGAAACCCCGAGAGGCACGUUCCACAGGAACAGAAUACAUUUACACCCAUCGUCUAUUCCCCAGACAGUCUCCCUGGAAGACGAACCGCAGAUCGUCGAUGAGGAGAAAUCGACUGGAUCAUCCAACCAGAAUACUCCCGAAGAAGAAACUCCCAGGACGGAAAAUGGAACAGGAUCCGGGAAUAGGGAACUUUAUGAACCAACGCUAGAAAUCAAACAAAACUCUCCACCGGGUGAAGAGGACCUUCCUAAAACACGUAGUGGCAGACAUAUGAAUCCCAAGAUGGUAUCUGGAUUACCAGCCGUAAAAGAGAAGGGGGAGAUGUAA